UGCUCCCUGUGCAUUUUCCUGUGCAUCAGUGUAACAGUUACAUGACGUGCGAGGCGCUUUUUUCCCCGGUUCUUGGAACUAACACAAUUCUGAAUGCAUCUUUCGUAGGGUUUCCUUGAAGCCUGAGACCAAAACAGUACAAUGUCGUUCCAUGAGAUCAACUUGAAAAUCAAAAUGUUCUUUUUGUUUCUUCAAGUUCGACUAAAAUCGAAAAUACGGCAGUGUAUGCCAAACUCCACGGCAUCAAAAGACCCUCGUGUCCUCUAUUAUCAUUAUUAUGUCGUAAUUUUUGAAAGUAUGUUUUUAUCUCCACCAGGUAUUGCAUGUGUGGUUAAUCCUACUUCCUUCGUAAUAUUUACACAUCAUCAGUCACUUUCAUCUUUAAGAAUCAAACUUAUUUUCCAGCUUACCAUAUUCAAGUAUCUUCUUGUAAUUCAUCUCAUUAUGACUAUCGACCUACUGUUUUUUUCUCAUAUCGACAUCAUAUCCGGUCUAACAUGUUUUUAAUGUUCGGAUUAUUCUUAUACUUUUAGAUGGGUGCGAGAUUUCGAACGUCACGAUGAUCAAGCGGUCGGUAUCGCAAAACUCGGCGUCCCUGUUCAUCGGGGAGUACUCUUCUAGUCCGUCCCAGAGGCCCGAGGAUACAACGAGUCCGAGGGAGUGCACACCACUCUUGAGUCCAACGAAAGUGGACUUCCUACUCGUACCGGAAGUGACAUCAUUUCCAACUUCACAGUCCAGCCUCUCUGUACCAGGAUACGGGUACAAUCUUCCGCUAAAUUACAACUCUGUAGGUUUCUAUCGCAGGACUUCUAGCAUCGCGUCUUCCCUUUUUGAUUUGACAAACGAAGGUGAUCAACUCGAACGAGGAGUCCGGGAGAAUGAUGUCAUUGUUGUCAAGAAAUUCCUUGAGGUACACCACGGGAAAUUUUCAGUAAAUCUGCAUAGUACUGUUCUCGAUAAACGCAGUAGUUGUGAUUCUCGUAGCUGCCGCGCGAGUCAUGCAAGCCAGGAUGUCGAGAUUCUGUUACGAAAGAGUCAGACUUUAAUCGAUAGGUUUGAUCGACGAGAGAGCUUCCUCACAGAGCCUGAUGUACCCAUUAUCUUCCGUAACGCGCUCCACGUCGCUGUGCAACAUGUAGCCAUCGAUGUCAUAAAGCUUCUCCUACGCUAUGGAAUAGACCCAAACGAGCCUGGGAUAUUCAGCGGCGAUCCCAAACACGCUCUUCUGCAUCGGACUCCGAGCAAGGAGCGCCGGGAUGUAAAAUUUAACAUCGAUGAACCGACGCCGACGAGUCCGUUUGGAGUGCGUUUCCCCUCUACAUACAGUUUCAGCCCGAGGAAAUCUUUCGAGGAUAACUCUAGUUGUCGUAGUGUGUCCGAUUUCGACCUCUCGCGAGGAUUACAGAACCACGUGUUCAGUUUCACCCACAACUACUCUCUGGAUGAGCUGAUAUUGUUACCGCCAUUGUUUUUAGCAGUAGCCAAUGGGAAUCUCGUGAUACUGCGCCUGCUGCUCAAGUAUGGCGCAGACCCGAAUCUUCAGGAUCAACACGGUUGCACACCUCUGCACCUAGCUGCCUGUAAGGCAUUUGAGAGUUGGGAAUGUGCCCGUAUUCUGAUCGAAUAUGGCGGUAAGGUUAAGAUCCGCAACAGAUAUGGUGUAGCCCCGUGUGAUCUUUUUCCAGGAUUAUUACAUGAGCAAAGACGUGUUUUAAGGAGUACUCAGAAUCGUCUGUGCCGCCAAGGUAAAGAUCAAUGUUUCCGAGGUAGUUCCAAUCGUUCAAGAUUCCUUAAGAGAUUUUAUUCGGAAGGACGUAGCAGGUUAGGGGAGCAUAACCGCGGUAGGAUGCGUGAAAGGAAGCGGGCCGAUACGGUGGAAGGACCUAGUCCCCAACUUCACGGUGCGGAGUUCAGGGAGAGGUCUCCCUCUAUUACGUCAGGCAGGAGCCAUUCUCGGAUGAAUUCGACGAAACAACAUGCAGAGUUGGAGCACACAGAAAGCAACAACAGCCAAAAGGAGUCCACGUCCAAACGACCGAGCCUUCGAUACCGUCUCAGCUUCAAGGAUCGAAAAAAGGAGCAAGUCCCAGAUCAUCAAAGUGAAAAGAACCGCUUUGAAGAAACUGAGCAGUGUCUAAAUGUCUUGAUUAAGCUGGCCAUGAAUUCUGAGUGCGUGCCACCUCUACUAGAUGGCUUAGCAACAUGCAUGUUAUCUGUGAUGUCAAUAUCGGACCAGUCCAGCGACCCUGUAAUCGAAAAGGCGGUAAAUGAAUUAUUUAAUAAGAUUAUUCAGACCUGCUGUGAUGAGCUACAAGAGCUAACGUCCCUUGAAGAAAAACACAACAUCUUCAUACAACUUUCAAAACUACUCAACACAGCAUUCGAACUCUUGAAAGGGAAACAGUCACUUCACUUCACGGCAUUGACAGCCAUAAACAAAAUUAUCGACAUGUGUAUUGUAAAUGGAGUUUACAAUGUCUGUGGCCUUGGAAAUGCUCAUAUCAGUGAAACGACUCGGUUACACAAAGCUCGUACGCCAAAUAAUUCAUUCCGAGGCGAAGUGCAAAAAACGGCGUUGAAGAAACGGACUAGUUUGGACGGCGUAGCAAACACACAUCGUGAUAAACAAAAAGAGGAUUUACCGGAGACAGUCGACCAAAGCGCUGAAAUUCACACCCCAGUUGAAAAAUUAAUGAGCACAGACCCGAGUCAGAUUUUAAAUGUGUUACAUAAUUCUAUAACCAUGCAUAACCGUAUUACAGGGACUCGCGCUAAGUGUACGCCGAGCACCAGGGUGCGGCACUGUACACAUCAUUGUCUUCAGAUUCUUAGUGCUAGGAUUCUUACUGUCAUGUGCCAUGGUAUUAAUGUCCAGCAUCGCGUGAUAAAUGACGGACAUAUCAAAACGUUAAUAGAAGCCUUGGACCCAAAUCAUGACCCUCACCUUCUGUGCCUCAUCCUCCAAGCCCUUGCCUGCAUUGCCAUGAAUCCCAGCUUCCAUCAGGCGUUAUCUGAUGCCCUCAUCGCCGACGCACUUAUGCAACUCCUUCUGCCGUCGGACGAAUGGUACUACACAAACCACAGCACGAAAUACGCAAGAUACGUCAAAUAUCAUGCAGCUAGGAUUCUUGUGUAUAUGGGCCUCUUCCAUUGUCUUGGAGGGAGAGUUGAUCUCUUUGAUACCAAAAUCUUCACGGAUGACACCCCUAACCCUGUUUUGCAAGUGCAUUAUCCUGAAGAUAACUUCAUCGAACUCAUGGCACUGGGCAAAGUGUCUAUGUGGGAUGCUACGGGUCGAUUAGAGGCAUGCUCACUAGAGGGCCUCGUUGCUCAUGUGAUAGAGGAUGCAAUGAAUGAACAGUCGCAAGAGAUGAAAGUCUGGGACUCCCCUCCUCCUCCCCAAAGCCCGCGGGCAGGGCGGGAACCACUACACGAAACACCAAUGUCACCAAUACAUCACGAACAUGAGAACGUCUUGGGCUUCAUUUCAAGUAAACCGCUCUUGGAAUUUUUAUUCACGGCAAUGCCAGUUCUGGUUCAUCCGGUUAUCAUCCUACGGUUAUUGUGUCAUAAAAUCUUUGGGAAUAUGAUUCGACGGAAAACGCCGACUAGCGGCUGUGUGGUCGGUGGAUUACAAUUGCCAGAAAUUGUGGAUACGAAGUGUUAUCCGGUGCGAGCGGAUUCUGUGGAGAGUACGGGUAAAGGGGAACCAGCUGUGGGUGGGAUACAGAAUGCAGGGAGUAGCAUGAGUGUCAAAAAGAAAAAGCCAAACCUCCGUGUGCAUAUCGCUGAGAUGGAGACAAUAUAUCGUCAGGCAUCGGAGGAUGACGAAGGUUAUGACAACGAUUGGUACACCAACCCGUUAAUAAGUAAGGAUGUAGUGACGCAACAUCGCAUGAGUAUUAAAUCCAUGAGCGAUGAGAACACGUUAGCAAACACACGCUUCUCACCGACGCACGUGACAUUCCUCGACAAUGACAACUGUCUUGAUUCUGAGAUUAAAACCAAGCGGAUUUUCAAAUGGCCGAGCGUGAAGAAGCGACUUUCCAAAUCGCACGGGAAUUUAGCGUUAGCCAAUUUGGAUAUAACGCGACGACGAAAUUCUGCUCAUAGUCGAUUGGAUCAUAUUGAUCCAAUCAAAAUCAUUAGAAAACCUGCACCGGAUAUUGAUAUAAUCGCAUUUCAGCGAGAGCUGAUUAACCUCCCGACUUUCGUGAUGGACCCUCAUCUUGACUCUGCUUCGAUAUCACCAAUGCUGUCACGUUCAAACUCUGUGCCAAAUGUUCUCGAGGGGCGUAUUGUUCCUGUGGGCAUCCCACGCCCCUCUGAACGUUCGUACUCGAUAAGUAGUAGCUCGCAGCGUGUUCCCGUCCUUCCCUGUGAUAAGUUGCAACGAGAUUCAAUUGGGUCAGCAAACUUGGUGGAUAUCCAGGUCACCACGGCCAAUCUCGAAACUUCCAAUAUCGUGGUUCAUUUUGCUGCAGCGUCACCAUGUGGCAGUCAGUGCGAAACGCCGUCAUCUUCAGAAAACAAAAGUAUUCUAAGUCCAGCUGAAAAAUCGGAAGAUGAAAAAACAGACGUGAAAAGUGAAAACGAUCCGUCAAUGUCUUUACAUGUUGUGCCACCACCCCAAAACCUUCUGACAAUGCAGGAUAAAGUUAGUGAAAUGAAUGUGUCAACCUCGUCCUUAGGAAGUCAAAAUCUCCAUCCUCCGACGUCGAUAUCACAGACGUGUAGUCCGAGCAAACUCAACCUCAGCAAAUGUCGGAGUCCGAGCUUUACGACGUCGCCAACUUCGCCAAUAUUUGAGAUUCCUCCACUUCACCGGUCGGCCAUGAAAAUCAUUGAAAGUUGGAUGGAGAUUUGUAGUAUGGAUUUAGAAGCGGUAAAACCGGAAAUGAAGGAAUUUUUAAGCAGGAUGGCUAGUCUUGGACCAGAAUACCGGAUGUGGAGUCAGACGGUGUGGGGAUUUCUGAAAAUGGAGGAACUUGAUGCGCAAAAGAAUCAAGACAGUGACAGUGAUAGUUUCGAUAGUAUCCACUCACAGUACAAAAAGUUGCAGCAGCUCAUCGUAAGUGGCGACCUCCCAUGCACAAAGGAGGAAGCAGCAACUCUGGCAGCGAUACAUCUCCACGUGGACGACACGUGGCCAGAGGGUGAGCACCAUGACGAGAAUUGCAACAAUGAAGAAAACCUCAGCGCCACCCCCGAGAAGGAUCACCUUCUACAGGCGAACUCCAGAUUAGAGAACUUGAACAAGAAGAAGGAAUUGGUGCGGACGCAGAAGGCGAAGAAGGUGAUCCCGAGCCGUCGACGAGGUCGUUUGGUGAGAGUGUUAAUGUGCCUGAAGGACAAAGACGAGGAGGAGGAGAGAAAAGAUGCUGCGCAGCAGAUGGCGUUGCCGAAAUAUCUCCCAGCGGAGUUCAAUCAGUCGAGCAAGAUCUGGGAGAUGAUCAAGGACAAACAAAAGAAAUUGUGGCACACCCCGUACUUUGAAUCCGAGGUGAAGUUAAAGCAGCUCUACAUCAAGAUUUGUAAGAAUCUUCCCGCGUACGGCUGCAAACUGUACCAAGUGAAAGAGAUUCUGCGCGGCAAUGCCCAUAGGAAGGUGAGUUGCUUUCUCGGCACAGUGAAAGGACUUCUGCGCCAGGACACGGAUUGGAAGGUACCCCGCCUUCUCGGUGUCGGCAAAGAGAAAGUGGUCCUUCUCGACAUUAAGACAAAAGCACUUCUGAAAAGCCAGCCAAUCAGUGAGCUCCAACUCCCGAAUACCUACUGCGGCAAGGUCAGCGAAGCGGUGCAGUUAGAAUUCCGAGGGACGAAAAAUUGGGUGCUGGCGACGCAGUCGUUGGACAGUCUCAAGUCUGUUAUGGCAUCAUUGUGGGAGGUUAUGGAUUUGGACGGGUGCUUCCUAGAGAGCAGUGCUCUGCGGCAGAGUUUUGAUUUUGUGAACGAUGUGAGUAAGAGACAGAUGUCACUCCGGCCCGAUCUUGACCACCACAGCAUGCGACACACCUCUGAGCUGGAAAGCAUCCAGCGCUUACUCCACUUCCCAGAGGAGGCGGCACUGUUGUUGACCAAGACCGAGAGUGAAAUGUUCACUAGAGUUGCGCCCGCGUAUUAUAUCCGCCACAUUUCCUUUGAUCUCACAUCGUCGAAGAUUGCGGCGCCGUCGCACCGACAUCCAACCAUUACUGAUCUCAUUCAUCGAUUUAAGGAGGUGAGUUGUUGGGUGACCCACAUGCUAAUUACACAGCCGACCGCCGAGGACCGUAAGGCCACGCUCUCCUGUAUCGUACGCCUCGCCAAUGCCUGCUGGAACAUGGGAAACUUCAAUGCUGCUUUGGAAAUCGUCUCAGGAUUACAAUCGGAGAAGUUGAAGAAGCUGCUAGAAAAGGAGAACCUAUCUUCCCUGAACUGGUUGAAAAAUGCUUGCGAACAGACAACCCAGGAGUAUCGAGACGCAGUUGCCAGAGCCCUCGAUAUCCAAGAGUGCAAAGUCGUGCCUUACUUUGGGAGCUUUCUGCGUGACCUGCUGCUGAUACUGAAGGGGAUGCCUAGCAUGAUAGUGUUGCCCACGGAGGAGAAUCAACCUUUGGAGUUACAGUUUGUGUCCGACUAUAACGGCGAGGACCGUUUCCUGACAAGAAUUGGUGUCGGCGGGCUAAUCAACCUCGACAAAAUGAGACAGGCGCAUGUCAUCCUAAGUGACAUCCAGCUGUUUCAGCAUCGGGGGACAAAGGAGGGCUUUCUCGAUAAAGAUGAAGACGAUCUCAUUAGCUUAAACGAUCUCACAGAGGAUAUAUACAGCCAUGACAGCGAUGAAGAGAGUGAUUAUGAUCUCAGUAUUGACAGUUAUCAUCCCAUCCAGCCUAUUAACAAGGACCCAAACGUUGCCCUCAUUUCACCCAAACUCUCUCACAUCAGCUCGCACACGCUCCAGAUCCUACAUCACGGUACGACAGUCGUACACUACGUGGAGGACAACUCACGUUCCGCGGUCUGUUUUCUCCGAUUAGAGAGCUCUAAUGCCGUCUUAUCAUGGAGUCGACCGCAGUGGACGAACUCACGCUCCUCUAACACUCCGGGGUAUACCCUGAAAGGUGAUAUGGAUCAGUCCAUCCUCGGCUCGAUUGCGAAUAAAUACUCGCUAUCUGAAGCUAUUUCGGAAGGGCUGGAGGAGGGACAUUUGGAAUUAUCUGUGAUAAAGGAUAUUUUCCCGGGAAACACAUCAAUAGACUGCGCCUCGAUACAGCGUAGGCAUUCAAUGGACGGAUUAACGCACCACAAUAACUGCAUCACGAUUCUCUACGGUAACCAUGUCUCGGAUAAUCGUCAGCUGCACCUUGUGAUCCCAACGAAUUCGGCGAAACUUUGGUACUCGGGUCUUCGAUGCUUGAUCCGUGGGAUGCAGCUUCAGAAGAACCAUACGGAUAAACGUAUCUAUUGGCUGAUGGACCAGUAUUUGCAGCUGUUCUAUGAGCAAGAGAAGUGUCAGGGCCCUACUCCAGCAGAGGCCAUCAAGGUGUUCGGAGGAAGGCGGUGGACAGCAGGAUCGAUGAGUAACCCCGGAGAGGAGAAGGUCCCGACAUUUCGUCGUACACCGAGCUUUGUUGGACCAGCGAAGAUUCUGAAGAAGCGAUACAGUACAAGAGGGAAAAUCUACCAGGACCAUAGCAGCAGUCUUCAUCCGAUGACCAAUCACAACCACACCGAGGACUUCCUAAAACCAAAACUUCCAGACCUCGAUGACGGGCCCAAGGACCUAAAGGAGGAAAACCAUGUGAAACCCCGAUCGAAAUCUCGAUCGGGUAGUCUGACGUACAGCUACGCUAUGCAACACUGCACUCGGGCAAGGCGCUUAUCUUUAGGGAUACGGAAGUCACCAGGCAACAUGAAACCAAUCACGCAUUCGACGCAGUUGGAGUUCUUGGACUUUGUGGAUCUGUUCAAGUCGUUCUAUAUGCGCCUGAGGAAGGAUUUGCGAGAGAUAUUUGAGCAGUUUGCGGUGACCAAGGCGAUACAGAGUGAGAACAGGGAGAGCCCGAAUAAGGCUAAUAAACUCGUGUAUAAACCAAGGAAUAAAGACAUGGGUUUGGUGACAAGGAACACAAGUCUCGAUCAAGGCAUCGAGCCAAAGCGCAAGAAGAUCUGUGAUGCCAUUGCAGUAGCCAGCAUCGUGACCAACUGCGCGGGGGUCGAGACUUCCAAGUGUCAGUAUAUCGGUUUGCCGGAGUUCCGUCAGUUUCUUCAUGAAUACCAGGAGGAGGUCUACAAUGACCAUGAGAUAUGCAAACUGAUCCAGCGUCAUGAGCCUGAUCCCCAACUGAGGAUGAGUUACUGCCUGUCGUUUGAAGGAUUUGCCAACUACCUGAUGGAUAAAGACAACUAUGCAUUUAUACCAGAGAAGAUUAAGCAGGAUGAAGAGAAUAUGGAUUACCCUUUGUCGUACUACUACAUUGCGUCGUCUCAUAACACAUAUCUGACAGCUCAUCAGCUCAGGGGCGAGUCAUCAACGGAGAUGUACAGCCAGGUGCUUCUGACCGGAUGUCGGUGCGUAGAGUUGGACUGCUGGGACGGAGAUGAUGGGUCACCUGUCAUCUACCACGGACACACACUCACGACUAAAAUUCCAUUCAAGGCUACGGUCGAAGCAAUAAACAAGAGUGCCUUCCUCAGCUCACCCUACCCAAUUAUCCUGUCCAUUGAGAACCACUGCUCACUCGCCCAACAACAGAAAAUGGCGCAUAUACUCUCGAGUGUCUUUGGCGACAAGUUAGUGACAGAGUUUAUGUUCGACUGCGACUACAACGCAGAACCAGUGCUGCCCUCUCCCAACCAACUCAAGUACAAGAUUCUCAUCAAGAACAAGAAGCUACAUUCGUUACAGUUCAAGAACCUGUUGAAGCAAAGGAACCACCUGCGUACUAACAGCCUGAUUGACGAUGAGGACGACGAAGAUGAUGAGGAUGAGGAUGAUGAACGUGAUGAUGACGUAGAGGCUUCCUCACCUCCUGGACAUGAGGAGAAACACAAGAGCCACUCUCUAACGACUGUAGAAUACUCGACUCGUUCCCGGCAGAACUCGGUCCAUAUAACUGGAGACCGGAGACCCAAGUCGUCCGACUUUGACUGGCAGUUCGAUGAGAUUCUUCGUGACAAACAAGCCCCGAAGAGUAGGCAAAAGAAAGCGAGUCAGAUCGCUAAGGAGUUGUCUGACUUGGUGGUUUAUACAGAGGCUGUGAAGUUCAGGGGUCUCUCCAUCAGCCCUUUCUCAACUGCUAAGAUAAAGAAGGGAACCAUAAGGAAGAGUAUCCUCACGACGAAUCUGAACUUGGCGGGGUCCCCAACAUCAAACCAACACACAGCACUAGACAAGCUAGAUGUGAUAGCGAAUCAUCCACAGUUCAUGCAGAAGGCAAGCAGACCAGAUGAGACGCCCAUCAGCCACCAGGUGUCCUCGCUGAAUGAGAACAAAGCCAAGAACCUCUGCAGAAGACAGCCCAUUGGAACGAUUAUUCACACAGAGAAGCAGCUGAUGAGGACUUACCCUGCUGGUAUGAGGAUAGAUUCGUCCAACUUCAACCCAGUCAUCUUCUGGGCAUUUGGAAUACAAAUGGUUGCUCUCAACUACCAAACUGAGGGAAGUGCUAUGCAGAUCAACUCGGCCAUGUUUGAGUCGAACGGUCGCAGUGGUUACACCCUGAAGCCGCGGGUUAUGUGGGACAAGAACCACUUGAUGUACAACCGCUUCAAUCCAUGGGAUAAGGAGUUUGAUGGAGUUCAUCACACAACACUUACUGUUCAGGUCAUAUCGGGCCAGUAUGUCUGUCAGAACACCCAUAAUGGGAGUCCGUACGUAGAAGUUGAAAUCACUGGGAUUCCAGUUGAUUGCGCCAAGCAUAAGACUAAGACGGUAUCAAGGAAUGCCAUCAACCCCAUUUGGAAUGAUACAUUCACUUUCCAGGUGAUGUUCCAAGAUCUAGCCUUCAUACGCUUCACUGUGGUGGACAUUGGCAGUAACCAUAUCAUGUCUCAGAGGACGAUUCCAUUGUCGAGUUUGCGGCAAGGAUACCGGCACGUCAGACUCCGGUCAACCGGCAACCAAUCUCAGGAACUAUCCACGCUAUUUAUAUACUCCCGGCGAGACGAGGAAGCCUUGGAACCAAAUCAUGGCGAAACAACACCAGACAUCAUGGUCGAUCCUAAACGGAAGUCAAUCCUUGCGAAAAUCAAACACGACUUGAGCAAAUCGGAUCCUGGUCCAUACACGAGUGGCGUUAAACCAAAGAGACGAAUGUUCUUCAUAACGGUAUUUGGCGUGACGCAACAUGAGGAGUAUACCAUUUUGAAGGUCACCCAGGACACAACCACUGUCGAGGCAAUCACGCAGGCACUUUGCAAAGCUGGUAAAGGAGACGAAAAGGUGGAGGACUACGUCUUAGUCGAGGAGGUCCACAAGGGUUGGGAGAAGAAAGACGAAAAGACCGCCAUGCAACGUCUUUUGGCAAACACAGAAAAGGUGCUACAAGCUCAGGACAAGUGGAAGGGCAGUGGUCGGUUCCUACUCAAGAAGAAAACUGAUUUUACUACAUUACAUGUAGCUCCUCAGACGCCCUCUACAGGCAGGGUAAGGAAGGACUCUAAAACGCAGGGUCCCAAAUCGCCAAAAGGCCAUGACCCCACCAGUCGUGCUUGGAUGACCUCAAUUAUUUCUAAGGAAAAAGAACCUCUGGGGAAGUCAGACUCAGUGGAUACAACGGCAUGGGAUGCGGCCGAUGACCAGAUGUUCCUUGUUUGUGUCUACAACGUAUCCAAGGACCAACCCUAUACGAUAUUCAAGGCUCCGGUCACCAGCACUGCUCAAGACAUCAUCACACAGGCAAUGCUGAAAGCCCGGAGACCAGAAGACCCUCGAAACUACACACUGGUGGAAGAAGUCACUGCACUACUCUUCGCAGAUAGUCCUGGUGGUACGUCGAAAAGAAGGGAUUCGGUGGAGAAUAUCGAGAAACGGCAACUCGGCGAUGAUGAGAAUGUCUACCAGGCACAGUGCGAGUGGAAAUCGACAGGGAAGUUUGUUCUGAUGGAAAAGGGAUCAGUAAUAAUCGAGGAAAAGAAGGCCCGUUCAAUGUCAGUAAAGGCACACGCUGGACGUACCCUGAGCGGGCGCAUCAGCAAGAUGAAACAUGCCCUAUCUGUCAAGUCCCGAUCCGUGGAGGAGGAAGAGGAUGUGUCUGUCAAGUACAAGACGUUGCCAAAGACAGUUGAGAUCCAGAAGAAGCCUGACCUGGUGGCUAGCGCGGGUGAUAGUGCUGAUGAACAGGAUCCUAUAUGUCCGCCGGCGUCACCUGAAUAUGACAGCAGACGAUCUCAAAAGUUACGAAAGAAGCUCAAACUAAAAUUAGGGGGCCUAUAAGUUGUUUUUUUUAAAUUUGAGGACGGGUUUUUAAUCAUGUUGAUGUGUUGAGGUUGUUUUAUGUGCUCCAAAUGAUUGGCGAGUGUGAGUGGCAUUAUUUCAUUUCCUGGAACCAACACUUGAUCGAGGUAUUUACCUGCGAUUUGAAUGAUGCAGAGAUACAGUGAUGAUGUACACUUUUACCAUUAGAUUGAGAUUGGGGGUCUUGAUAACAGGGGCAAUUUUUAUUUAACUAAAUAUUAAAGCUACGUAGCAUAGAGUGAUAUUUCCACUUUGAUGUCUUGCUGGCCAAGACUAAACUUUUCUUAUUGGCUUCUGAUCCUCAACUACUUCAAACCUUCCCAUAACUUUUCUGAUUCAUCCUGUACAUAAUUAUACAAGUUUGAAAUGUCCUUUAAUAGAAUGUCCGCAGUACAAACGUUGUAUUUUGCACUUUUAAUCACUGAGGUAUUGACAGUCAUGGUCUCUAUAGAACCAAAUACCAAAAUCCGUCAAAAUACAAUAGGACCAGAUAACUUUUCUAGGGGGACAAUUUCAACUGCUACACUGGUCCCAGAAUGGCUGACAUGAAGCACAGAAUGUAGUUAUGCACACGUUUUGUUGCAUUUGCUUAAGUCUUUCUCCCAUGUAUACUUUGUUACAGUCCAAGUCACAAAAUGACAUCCGUCUUGCUUCGCGUCAGUUACGUGCGAGUUGCGCGCCAAUGACGCACCACUGAUGUGCUCAUCUUUAGUUUCAUGUACAUAACAUGCGACCUACGCCUGAUUUACGGGCUGGGUAGCGACGCGAUUUUCAGGAUGUCAAUUGUAAUUUGGACAGUAGCCUGGGUUAUUAGUAUAGAUUACAGUACUGUUCAUCUGAAAGUAACAUGCACCACAGCAAAGAAUGUUUCAACAAACUGAUUAUGAUAGCAUGGCAAUUUUUCUUCAAUGUGUAUAAUGAAACUAUAAAGGUGCUCUUACCUGUACUGUUGCGACACAGAUGUAAAUAUCAAAUCUGUCUUGGAAAGAAUUUCAUGUAAAGUUGGCUGCAACGGAUGAAAAUGCACUUUUAUUCUGGUUGAUUUGAAAACUGAAUGAUAUUGCAAAAUGUGAGUUACCAAUUGCGAGUAUAUCUUGCCGAGGAUGGGCUACAUUUAUCAUGUUGAUAGGGUCAAACAUGUCAAAGGCUCAUGAAAUAUAUUGGCUAGGGUUAUCAGUGUUUGCAAAAGCUUAAAAUACUUAUGACGGCUGCUAUCAACUGUUAGCCUUGACCUCAACUCUUGUGUCCUGGUAGCUUUAAUGCAGGUACUAACUGUAAAAUGUUGAGAACUUGAGUUCUCCCAUUACAUGCAAAAAAAGAGAAAAACUUUACUUUUAACGUACAUUAGAACCUCUCUAUUAUAAAGGACACCCUCAGGACUGACAAGUACUGUCCUUAAUAGAGAGGUAUCCUGAUAACAGAGGUCAAAUCAAAUGCAAAUAACCACUUUGGAACCAAAAUGAGUGUUCUUAGUAGAGAGAAUGUCCUAAAUAAAGAGAAUGUCCUUAUUAUAGAAAGGUGUCUGGUAAGGGCGGGUCUGCUGUAGUUAUUUUGGGUACGGUACUUUGCUGGGGGGGGCCUGUCUUUUUUAACAUUUUUGGGACCGGGAAACAAUAAAUCCCUUUUUUUCCACAAGCCGAAUAUUUUCGUGAGAGUAGGUACAAUCGUUAACAUAGGAAUGUGAAAAUGUUUAACUUAAUGGCUUCAUUAUUGGAAAAUGCACCAACUGAAUGAAUGGAGGUAAAAUCUGAAAAGGAUGUUUUGGUGAACAUAUCAGGUUGUGAAAAGGAGGGGUUUACAGUUUGUCUUCUUAUUCUGGCUCUUGGCCUUGAAUAUGCGUGGGGGUAUUAUCAAGACUUGAUAAAGACUAGCCUUUAUCAAUUCUUGGCAUUUUUGAUAAAGAUCAAGCAUGGGCCUCGACUUCUUCUUAUAUCUGCUGUAAAACUUAUAAUGCCAUGGUAGCAAUACAUGUAGUUUUCCAUAUUAAUUAUCUUGCAUUCCAAAUUCAUGUUAUCGUGUUAUCCAACUUGACCUAAUUAUAAGUAUUCCAUAAUUAACAUAAUUGAUUAGUUAUUAUAAUUAAUCAGAAGAACUGUAUAUGUAUAAAAUUAUGAUACCAAAUAUAUGAAUUUAGACAAUGGCACAGACCUGUAUAACUAUUUGCACGUAGAAUCUGUGAUUUUUCCUAAUAUAUUAUUAUUGAUACUAUAAUUGUUUAUUCGUCUGAUGGAAAUUUCUAUACAAAACGAUAUUUGCACUUUUUAUUUAUUUACUGAAAUAUUCCAUUCAUGAUAUGAAUUAAUGUUGUUUUGUAACUGUGUGUAAAAAUAUCUUCAUGCUUUACAACAUGUAUGUUGGAUUAGGAAAGUACAACUUCGCACGUAAUUCGUGCGUACUUUGCGUGUCACCGACGCAAAACAGGACAGAGGUCAAUUGUGAUUAGGACUGUAUAUUGAAUGACUGUGAGGAAAUGUCUCUUGCCAAGAAAAAAUGCUUGGAACUCAAUGUGUCUAUAUAUUUUAUCAUUAUCAAAAAUGGAACCCUUUCCACCAUCUUAUCUCACCACAUCCCCUGAAAGGGCACCACCCAAAGGUUGGCUCAGGAUAACUGAUGAAAAAUAUGGUUUGCCCCCAAAGUUGUUCAUUGGAGACUCAUGAGUGAUGGUAUAGGCCAUCGUUGUUUGACUGCUAUUUGAAAUAUGGGUCGAUAAUCACGUGAAAGACGGUACAGUAUUGAAAGAGAUGUGAUCUGUGUAUGAGUUAAAGCUUGUAAAACUCAGGGCCGACCGAAUCGAAACACCGAUAGCGCUAACAGGGCCUAACAGAGAAUAGUGUAAAGCAUUUAACCAUUACACUGUACUCUGUUAGGACCUGUCAGCACUAUCUGAGUUUCAAUUCGGUCGGCCCUGCUGUUCAAGUUUGUGAUAGACAAUUGAGUGUUGUCAUGUGUGAUACAAAAAGGUUGUUAAAGGGGGACUAUAGGCAGGUGUAAUGGGUCAAAUUAGUACUCUUCGGGAUGUGAAUGCACAGUUUGAGGACAGGGUUGUGUCUGAUUCAGCAAUAAUUAUGUUCCUGAUACAAAUGAAAAUAGUUUCAUUGUACUGUGAGAAAGUAGUGUCCCCUAUUGGCGACUUGUGUAACUUAAUCUGACUUAUACUUGGCUCCUGCCUGUAGUCUCCCUUUAAGAAGAGUGUUCUUAUGAUGAAUUGUUAUAACGGGUAGGUCCAGUUAAAAAGAUUGAUAUUAUGAUAUAAACGGGUAGGUCCAGUCGUGUUGUGGAGGGUUUAGGCAGACCCAAAAUCAACAUGAAACAAUCGCGUGGCCCAAAUUGGGACACUUAGGCCAGGUGCAAGUGCUAGGCAUCUCCAUAAAAUGCAGUUGUACAAUAUUAUGCACUUUUUCUCGCAUCUAUGGGCGUUCUUAAAUGUCGAAUUAUCCUGGCAUUUAUAUUUGCUUUUCCUUGCAUUCCAAAUAUAUUACCAUUUUACCAUAUUACCAUAUAUUUUCCAUACGCGAUGCAUUCAUGAUUCUGGGCAGUGCAGACCCUUGGAAUUCUUGCAGUUGCCCCAUGGCUUUUGCAUGUUGCAAGGAGAGCAGAUGAUCUUGCAUUUCCUGCAAUUGCCCUUAGACUCUUACAUAUACUGCCAGUGUGUCUGCUAACUCUAUAAAUUGUGUUAGGUUUUAGGAGUGCAAACUUAACUCCUUGAUUAUGUUCAUCCUAAAACUGAUGGGCAAACUAGGCCUGUACGUCAUCCUUGCUAUCCACAAACACAAUACCCUGCAACCCUGCUAAUUCUUGUGCAGGGCACAUAAAUACUGUACUGUUCAGAGGUAACCUCCCUUACCAUGUAGAUAGUUCACAAGACAUUAUGAUCUGCUAAUACAUAGUGGCUGGUAUAGAGGCUAGCACAUAAGAAGCAUACAUUCCCCUUUCGUCAAUGAGCAACAAUUUGUUUAGGAUGCCUCUCCCCAAGAAAUGUUGAAAAAGAGAAUGACGUCAUCAUGUUGUCACAAAUGUUGCGUGUGUAGUUAGGAAGGUUACUUCUGACCAUAGCUUUAGUAAACUAAACUGCAAACAAUGGCUGACUAACUGCAUUUCUCUUUAAAGAAGUCUCCUUAAACUGUAUAGCAUUGUCCUUAUUCUGAAAGGCUUGUACUGUUGAUAUCGUGUAAUACGGGGACUUUUGGGAGAGCGGACUAUAGCUACUGCUACAUCAGCAUAUAAAUAUUCCAGAAUAUGCAUUUGUUGUGAUCUAAUAUUGAUGUUGUUAUUGCCAUGGUUACUGUACAGUGUGAGUAUAUUUUUGUCAAUAUGUAAAUUUGAAUAUUUUCCACUGGCCUUGAUUAUUCAAUCAAAAAGACGAAAUAAACAUUCUAUUGCAUUUAA